CUUACCUAAUGUUUUUCACUUGUAUUAUAUAAAUAGAUUAAUCAAUAAAUUUUUAAUAAUAUAUUAAUUAAAGAAACAUAAAAAAUGUCGUUGGAAACUAGUGAAUUUGAGUGGCAUAAUGGUACUUUAGUAAGAUUAGGAAAAAAUAAAUAUGUGAUGAUGGAAAAAUGGAAUUAUCAUGGUAAUGCUAUUCACAAUUUUAAUAUGAAGUCUGAUGAUAUUGUUAUAAUGACAAUGCCAAGAUCAGGAACAACUGUAACAUCUGAAAUGAUUUGGCUGUUAAACAAUAAUUUGGACUAUGAAACUGCUAGCAAAAUACGUCUUGAAGAACGAGUUCAUGAGCUUGAAUUAAACGUGUAUGAUGACUCAGAUGCUGAAGCAAAAUAUGCAUCUGUUGAUAGACCUAAAUUUUCAUAUGAAAUAGCUGAAAAUAUAACUGGACCAAGAAUUCUUAAAACUCAUUUGGCAAUCAGUCUAUUUAAAAAUAUUUUAAGUUCUGGUGCAAAGAUAGUUUAUGUUGCAAGAGAUCCAAAAGAUCGUCUUGUUUCAGCGAUGCGUUUUUUAAAUAAUUUAAAUGUUCCAAGAUUCAAAACAGAUAUUCGUCGAAUGUGGCACGAUGUAAAAAACAAAACAUUGGUUAAUGAGCCAUACUGGUCUCAUGUCCAAGAAGCUUGGUGUCUCAGAAAUCAGCCAAAUGUUUUAUUUUUAUUUUACGAAGAUAUAAGAACAAAUCUCUAUGAAACGAUAAAAAAAGCUGCACAUUUUUUGGAUAAAACUUAUUCGGAUGAAGAAAUUCAGAGUCUUGCUUGUCAUUUGGAUAUUGAGAAAUUUCGAAAAAAUCCAAUGGUUAAUUCACUUGCUGGAAUUCCAUUUAGUAGCCAAAAUUUUAUUGGACAAGGUAAAAUUGGUGGAUAUAAAGACGUUAUUCCAGAUGAUAUUGAUCAUGAAAUUGAUGAGUGGAUUGAAGAAAAUCUUAAAGAUUGUUUUAUUGAUUUUCCAAGCUUAAAAAACAAGAUUAAAUAAUUUUAUCAGUAUAAAUUUUCAAGAUAAUUUUCA